UUCACAUUUUGAUGGGUUCAUAUGCCUUUGCCAUUCCACAUUACAUAAAAACUUCUCGGCCUCGCCUUCUCCAUUCUCUUUCACUCUCUAAGCUCUGUUCAAGAAUCAACCAGCAAGAGAGAGAGGGUUGGUUAGGGGAUGGCGACGCAAUCAGAAAGAUUUUCAGCAGAUUUGAUGAUGGGAGGGGUGGCAGCAGUAAUAUCCAAGAGUGCUGCAGCACCGAUUGAGCGGGUGAAGCUUUUGUUGCAAAAUCAAGGAGAGUUGUUGAGGAGAGGACUGCUCAAGAAACCUUAUAAAGGAGUUGGUGAUGGCUUCAGAAGGGUCUUUAAAGAGGAGGGCUUAUUGGCCUUCUGGAGAGGUAACCAGGCGAAUGUCAUUAGAUAUUUCCCAACUCAGGCUUUCAACUUUGCAUUUAAAGGUUACUUCAAGAGCCAAUUUGGAUGCUCAAAAGAGAAAGAUGGCUACAUAAAGUGGUUCGCUGGAAAUGUUGUUUCAGGUAGUGCUGCUGGAGCAAUCACUUCAGUACUUCUUUAUCACUUGGAUUAUGCCCGUACUCGUUUGGGCACAGAUGCAAAGGAGUGCCCACUUAAUGAUCAACGCCAGUUUAAAGGGUUACUGGAUGUUUACCGUAAAACCUUGUCCACUGACGGGGUUAUGGGCCUUUAUCGUGGAUUUGGGGCAUCAAUCAUAGGAAUUACUCUCUAUAGGGGCAUGUAUUUUGGGAUCUAUGACACCAUGAAACCUAUUGUUUUGGUGGGGCCUUUUCAGGAUAAUUUCCUUGCUAGUUUCUUGUUGGGUUGGAGUGUGACAACAGUUUCUGGGGUAUGUGCCUAUCCCUUUGAUACCCUCCGACGAAGAAUGAUGCUAACUUCAGGACAACCUUUGAAGUAUCGCAGUGCCAUUCAUGCCUUCCGUGAAAUUAUUCAUCAUGAGGGCUUUAGUGCACUGUUUCGUGGAGUUACUGCAAACAUGCUUCUUGGUGUAGCAGGGGCUGGAGUACUUGCUGGUUAUGAUCAGCUGUACCGAAUAAGCUGUAGACGAGGUCGCAGUUUUGAGCAGCAUAAGGCAAAGUGAAACCCUUGCAUAGCAUAACAAAUUUUUUGCUGGUACAUCUUGAAAUUGAUUCUACCCUCUGAAAGGAUAGUUAUCAAUUGACAAUUAAAAAAUUGGUCUCUGUGAUUGGUUGAUUAUUUCGGGAUGUUAGAUGAAAUGCAAAACAAGCAGAGGUGGCAAGUAGGCGGAUUCUUUUUUCCACCUUCAACUGGUUCAUCUGUAUCACAUGGAAAUUAAAGUGUAUGCACCAUGGAUCAGCUUGGGACUGUGCACGCGGGAGGAUUUGGCAGUGGAUUGAUUCAUUGCUUAAAAGUUGAUUGUGCCAAAAUAAGAAUAAAACAAAGAUUAGGAGAAAGCUCCUCGUAUCUUGUCUGUAUAGUUGAUUAAUUUGUACAUAUUCAUUUAUUUGGCCACCGGCGGUAUUUGCUGGUUUGAUUUUAAAUUGUGACAAACCGUCAAGCAGUAGAAGCAUUAUGCUCAAUUUAUUUCUUCUAUA